UAAUAAUCUUAGAAAUAAUUAAAUAUCAAAUAAAAAAAAAAUAGCAAACAAAAUUAGAAAUGUAAAGCAAUACAGAAAUUUCAAGCAAAAUUUAUACGCCAAAACAAAGCAAACAUCUAAAUUUAGUCACAGCAAAAACACUGAUGCAAACCAAUAUAUCCCGUCUUCUCUGUACUCGCAUCCUGCCACAACACCAACUCCACACCACACCACUACCAACGCUAAAACAUCCCUUCUAUGGCGAUUUCCAAUUUAAAUGAAUGCCAUCGAUUUCGACGUUUCCAAUGCAUUCGAUCUUCGUGGUGUGUGUCUACUUUGGCCAAUUCACCGUACGCACGCAUACCGCAGACUUGCCACAUCACAAGACAUCCGUUAUCUGCACGACUUGAACACACAAAUGUCUGAAAAGCGACAGACAACGUGCGCGGCGCAGCAAAUCGACCGCGAACUCUGCAGCAAACACUUUGAAACAUUCGACACCUACUGGGGUCGGCCGGGUCAUGGGGCGCCCGGUGAGGUGAUGGCAAAACAGAAAUUGAACAAUUUGCUUUAUGGCGCUAGCAAUGAGUGUUGGGAUUGAGGAGGUGUCUCACGGAUGCAGAAUGUAAAGCAAAUCUAGUGCAAUGACCGCUUUCGUAGUGAUGCAAGAGGAAGAAAAAAGCAAAAAAAAACAAAAACACUUUAAAUUGAC